GUGAAGAUGUCCCUGCACUGAUGGCACGACGCCGGAACUCCACAGCUCAAAGAUAAAAGAAGAAAUCCGAUCAUUUAGUCGAGAGAUCAGGUGAUUUCAGAGACGGAAGACUGUAUGGAAAACUUCAUGUGAAACAGUAAUAGUUUCAUAGAUAUCUGUUCUUCAAGCUGAAACUAGACGAGGGAUGAAAUCCGCUGAACUGAACUCUCUGGGUAAAUCUAUGCUGGUCAUUCUUAUACUGCUGAAUAUAUUUCUUGUGUCAGCAAAACAAACAACAGUAUGUUCAUCUUUGGCAAACUUUUCUCAACUUGAGCAGGAUGCCUACCUUCUUGGCUCACAGUUUCAGAACACAACAACCGGAAGUGUUCUAAAGUGCGUGAAGGAGUGUCAAAUGUAUGGACGAUGCCUAUCCUUCAACUUUGACCUAAAUACAGGCCUUUGCAUCUUGAACGAAAAAACGAAAAUGGAGUCUUUUACCACCAACUUGGUAAAUGUAAAGGACUAUGUGUUCAGUAAUAUAAGUGGGUGGCCGCCAAUGAGUCUUGGAGGAUGCGCUAAUCAUAACUGCACGAAAACUGAAGUCUGUAAGGAGCUGAACGGCAACGAAUCAGAAUGUUUGACUGUGUGUUGCGGGGAGCCACCGGCUGUUCAUAAAGGAGAAAUAAUUGGUGAAAUCCCGGAUUUCUGGAAUAUCAACCAGUCUGUACCAUACAACUGCUCAUAUGGGUUCGAACCAUUAGGAGAGCGGGUGUGUCAACCAGAUGGAUCGUGGAGCGCUUUCACAUGUCAGCGUGUCGCCACAUGCGCUGACGUCAAGGCUUGCAACAGCGACUAUAGUGACGGCGAAUACUGGAUGCGUAUAAGAAAUGUGAACUAUCAGUAUGUGAAAGUAUAUUGCACUGGUAUGGAGACAGCUAGUCCUGUCUCUUAUAUCACUUUAUUCGGGGACAACUAUUCCUAUUUUCUAGACACCGAUAUUGACGAAUGUUCGCCAUAUUGGAAAGGGACACACGCAGGGAAUACUACGUUCAGUAAAGUGAAGUUAAACGUGUGGAACUUCAGGUUUCUUCACGGUGGCGACGCGUUUGCUGAGACCAGCGGUCGUUUCACAUAUUUUGGCCGGGGGGCGGACUGCCGAGAUUCUCAGUCGUGCGUUGCUAAAGAGGCUGGUUCAUUCCGCAUUGAUACAACUGGAACCGGUGUGAAGGUUGUGGACUACUUGGCAUGGACAAGCGGGACAACCGUUACCAGAUCCAGUAACGGGAAUGUAAUAUUCGGAUCCUGUCGUGGUGGUUGUUCCGUCUGCAAACCAACAGGUUCUGGUUUUGACAACGGUGCUAUCAGUCUUGAGUAUGAUACAAACUUUGUUCCCGACUACACGACAGCAACAUUUCCAGUUUGUAAACAAUAAAUGCAGGAAUAACUGAAAACAGUCGACACUUGAGUGAUUUCAAAAUUAGAAACUUCAUCAAAACGUUUCUAGACUGAACACAGUCACCGAAACACUGUAUAUGUACAUUCCAAAUCGCAGCUAGUUGUAUUACACCCUUAUCACUGCACAACCACUUCUUGUAUGUUUCCUCAUUGUCUUAACAUGGGUGAGUGAGUGAGUUUAGUUCUACGCCGCUUUUAGUAAUAUUCCAGCAAUA